UAAUUAGUAGGUUACAUGGGCGAUGGCACAAAACCGCAACUUGAGGUAAUUUCCCGAGCGCUCCAGGCCAAAGGGCUGUGGACUCGCGAUGUGAGAUUACGUCAUCUGGAUAUUUUGGGAAUCCGGAGCGAGCGACGUCAUCGCGUGCCGGAAGCGACGCGCGCCGGCCUCGCGAACAGUGUUCGCCGGCUUUCGGGCUCAGAAGCGGAGACUGCGGACGAGGGAGCGGCGGUGCGGAAGGCGGAGCGGUUCGGAAAUGCUAAGGUAGCGGCUCGGCCACGUCCCAGCCCUGCGUUCACUCGAAGUUACCAGGAGGCCCAGGAGGAGCUGACGGAGUUCCAGGAGGGCAGUCGGGAGCUUGAAGCUGAGCUGGAGGCCCAGCUCGGCCAGGCGGAGCACCGGAUACGGGACCUGCAGACGGAGAACCAGAGGCUGAAGAGCGAGGCUGAGGUCCUGAAGGAGAAGCUAGAGCAGCAGUAUACACAGAGCUACAAGCAGAUCUCCACGUUGGAGGAUGAACUGGGCCAGACGCAAGGCAUCAAGGAGCAGCUCCAUAAAUACGUGCGGGAGCUGGAGCAGGCCAAUGACGACCUGGAGAGGGCCAAGAGGGCAACAAUUGUCUCACUAGAGGACUUUGAGCAGCGGCUGAACCAGGCCAUCGAGAGGAACGCCUUUCUGGAGAGCGAGCUGGACGAGAAGGAGUCGCUGCUGGUGUCUGUGCAGAGACUGAAAGACGAAGCCAGAGACCUGCGUCAGGAGCUGGCUGUACGCGAGCGACAGACCGACACACGCAUGUCGGCUCCCAGCUCGCCAACGCUUGACAGUGACAAGACAGAUUCUGGCGUCCAGGCCUCGCUGUCACUGCCAGCCACGCCCCUCUGCAAGAACAUGGACAGUGUCUUCACCAGCAGCACAGUGCUCACCAAUGGCUGCAAUAGCUCACCGCUAACACCAUCGGCCAGAGUAUCGGCUCUCAAUAUAGUUGGUGAUCUCCUGCGGAAAGUAGGGGCGCUGGAGUCCAAGCUGGCUGCGUGUCGGAACUUCGCCAAGGACCAGGCGGCGAGGCGGAGCUACAUGGCAGGGAGCGCCAGCAUGGCCAAUGGCAACGCCACCAAGUUCUCGCACCCCAUCCAUACUACCUACUUCGACAAAGCGAAGGAGAAGGUCUUUUUUCCAGCACUUGUUCUUGGCCAAUGAACAGACUGGAAGCCGGCCCCCUGGCAGCCAUGAAAGCGGCACCCCACUCAGCGUCGCCCCCCGGCCUGCUGCCUCUCAGCGCGUAAUGGAGCACCCCCCCCCAAGAUACCACAGCACCUCACGGGACAAGCGCAGUUCAGGAGAUGGAGACCUGAAGCGGGGGCUCCUCUCCCCCCACGCCGUACUCGUCCCUGGGCCCCCCCACACGGGAUUGCAUGUGUGUACACUAUGUGUAUGUAGACCACACUAACGUUCUCGCGCACACUCUGUUUCUGGUUUGCGCUGUAAACUGCACUUUUGUUCCACGCAGUUUCUCUUUCUGUUUGGUUUACCACUGCGUGGUGGGGGGGUGGGGGCUGCCUUAUUCUGUAUGGCUUUACAUCAUGGUGGUAUGAAAUUAGGGGUGAGCCUCAAUAAGACGUAUCUUAUGUACCACUGUCCACAAGGGUGGGGGCGGAUCUCCGGCCUCACAGGGCCCACAGGAGAAGCCUGUCCAGAGUGUGGCUGCCCCCCACUAUCCUGCUCCACAGAUGUUCUCAGUUUUGUGGUUCUGUGCGUCUCUGGUAUUCGUCGCUUUCGCGAUGGAGACUGUCCAGAUAGCGGAUCUGCCUGUUCAGACCAAAGAUGCUGGGAGUGUGACCCUAUAAGCGAAUUCACCGUAAUGUAAAGGCCGUCACUCUGGGCUCUUUUAUUAAUGUCACCUUUGACUCCUUCACCUCCCAGUUUCAUUUGUCUUCAUGUGCCUUCAGCUGUGGUCUAGCACUGGGUGAGUUUCACUCAUUUCUGCCACUGAAUGAUUUGCCUGUAACAGGUUUCUGGGCCUUGCAUGACGCCUCGUUUCGUUCUGACCAGUCACUGUUGAUGAGUUACAUGCUGUACUAUCUAUCGCUCUGCUUAUAUGAUGUCUGAUAACUGUGUGUGUGCGUGAGUGUGCACAUGUAUGCAUGUGCAUAAAUGCAAACACACGUGUAAAAUACAGCCUUAGCAGUAAUGGGAUUAUUUAUAUUAGACUCUGCAUGUAUUGAAAUGGAACUGUAAAGCUCAAAAGUUAAUAAAAUACUGUAUUUAAAAACCAAA